GUUUCCAUAUGCGGAACCCUCACAAUCUAAGGAAGAUGAAGAAGUUUAUUACACUGUAAUAACAGCUGUGAAUUCAUUGCAAGAAUCAUUAAGGGACGUGAAAUUUCUGGCCCUACUACCAAAUUGGCCCACAGCAGACCGAGAAACUCGCGCUGUCAAUGAAUGGUAG